AUGGCGGCGGAACCGGCGGCGGGACAGGUGGCGAGAACGGCGGCACUCGUCGGUGCGGAUCCAGCGGCAGAAGCGGUGACGACCCAAAUCUCUGUCCCUCGGGGUGAAGGGGCGACGGUCGAGCCGUGCGCAUCGUGCGCGUCGAGCGAGCGGGAACAGGCUGUUCCAGCCCUUCUAACGCGCCCUUCGGCCCACCUCCCGCCUCCUUCGGCGGAGGCGGACACGCUCGCGCUGACGGUGCGAAACGCUGCCGUGGCUGCCAGAGGGGUUGCUUCGGUGCUAGUAGCGAGGCACGGUGUAGCGAGGAUGGCGGUGCUGCGGCUGCUGCUGCUGCGCAAGGCUGUGAGCUGUCAGGCGCCGCGCGUGGCAGAGGAGGAGUGUGACGCCAACCAGCUUCCCUGCUUUGGCUUUGAGCUGCUGCGCGCCUUGUGCGGCAUUCGGCCGAAGCGCGUGCGGGGGACGCGGAAGACGCGGGAAGGCGGUCGGAGAGCGGGCACCAGCCGGGUUCGGCGGCGGCAGGCAUCUCGCCUGCGUCGAACGGACGGCGGAGAUUUGCGGAGGCAAGACAAGGGGCGCCACGCGCGGACGGGCAGAGAUGAAUUCGACUCGUCAGAUGACGAAUCGAACAGCGAAUGUGAAGGAGAGACGGAGGGGGAGGAAGAGGCGGAGGUGGAGGGAAUUACUGAACAAAGCAACACGGUUGCCGUGAAGAACAUGGGGGGCGGGGGGGGUGAGGGAAGUACGGGGUGUGGGGAUAGCGAGUCGGCAGUAUCCCUGCCAUUGUCGCUGGCAGUGGCGGAAGCGGCGGAAGCAGCGGAAUCAGCGGAAGCAGCGGAAUUAUCAGGGGCAGCGGGCGCAGCACAGGCAGCACAAGUUGCCAGGCUGCAGCUCUCGCUCUCCGAGGCCCAGCAGCGUGUCAACUCGCUCGUACGCGAGGUGCAGAUGACACGCCACGUCAUCGAGAUGACACGGGUGGAGAAUGCUGCUGACGCGGACGCUGACGUGGAUGCUGACCUGGCAGCCGUGGAGGAGAUGGUGGAGCAGCUGGCACGUGGCGUGCAGAUCCGAGAGGAGAUCCAGUCGAAGCUGGAUGUGGCCAAUCGGAGGAUUGCUGAGCUGGAAGCUGUGAAUGCUGAGCUGGUCGCGGAUGCAACGCGGUGGCGACACGUGGCGGAGAGGCUGAGAGCUGAGCUGGAAAGGGCGACGCUCUCAAAAAGAAGGGAGGCGCCUGGAAUUUCCAUGGGUCCUCCAAUAUCUCCUACUAAGGAGGAAGAUGGAACAGAAAAAGUGGUGGAGCGAGGAGAGAAGGAAGAGGAGGAGAGCGAGGAGGAGAGAGCAGAGGAGGGAGCGGAGGAGAGGGAGGAGAGGGAGGAGGGGGCAGUGGGAAAGGCCAAUGUCAAGGAAGAGACGGAUGCAGUGAAGGCAAGGACACAGAAGCAGCAAGAAGAGAAAGAAGCGCGCCAAUUGGUCGAGAGUGUCAACAUACGCAUGGCGGCGAUGGGCCUGGAGCUUGACACGUGGCGGGAGACGACACGUCAGCUGCGUGCCAGCCUGGAAGAGGCGCAGAGGAGGAUUCAGGAGCUGGCGCUGGUGGGAAGGGAAGUGGUCUCCCUGCAGGUGCAGCUGGUGGCGGCGUAUGCGAGGAUUGCUGAGCUGGACCGGGCCGUUGCUGAGCUGGAAUCGGAGCGGCAUGCGCUGGAGGAUGACCUGGCGUGCGCACGUGGCGUGGUGGGUGCUGUGUCGGCGAAACUGGUGGGUGUGGUGAGGGAGAGGGAAGCGAUGAGGGGGCGACUGAUGGCCAUGAUUCGACGGUAUGGUGGGGAAGAAGGGAGAGCGGAAGAAGGAAGAGGGGAAGAAGGAAUCAUGGGAGGAAAAGAAGGGGAGAUGAAAGGGGAAGGGCACGAGGAGCCUGGGGUGAAACAGCAGCAGCAGGAGGAGGAAGAGGGUUGCAUUUCCAGUGGGGAUAAGGAGAGCGAACACAGCCAAGGGCUCGAAGACGAGCCGGUGAGGGGUGAAGAGAUGGCGGAUGAUGAAUCAGCGGGUGAGGAAGUGAGAGGUCGUGGGGAGAGGAGUGAGAGUGCUCGUGGCAUGAGCUGCACCAGCGGUGCGCUGGACGAGGGUGAUGGGGAGAAGCGCGGAGGGAAGGGGGUUGUGUGGGCUAAUGAAGGGAGUGAGAAAGGUAGUGAGGGAGGAAGUGAGGAUGAGAAAGGGAGUGAUAAAGGGAGUGUGGAAGGGAGAGAGGAAGGGAGUGAGGAAGCGAGUGAGGAGGCAAGAGCAGCGCAACAAAAGUUGGCGACUCUUGAGUUGUUUGAAGCUGUGGCAGCCGGAGUGGGUAGGACCGAGCGGGGUGAGAGGGCGAUGGGGAGCGAGGAGAGGGUGAUAGAAGAGGGAGGACUGGAGGAGGAGGGGAAGGUGCAAGAGGGAGGUUUGGAAGGGACGGAAAUGGAGGAGGGCGAGGAGAAGGUAGAUGAAGAGGGUGGGACGAGUUAUGAUGACGGAGUGGUCGAGUGCGAUGGGAAGGAGAAAGGAGAAGGUGGCGAAUGGGGGAAGGGGAAGACAGGCGAGGGGAAGGUGGUGGAAGGGAGGGCGGGGGAUGGGAGAAUGGGGGAUGGGAGAAUGGGGGAUGGGAGAAUGGGGGAUGGGAGAAUGGGUGAUGGGAGAAUGGGGGAUGAGGAGUGCAUGCCUGGCAUGGCUUGCACGCAUGGCCUGGGUUGGCUGGGCAGUGGAACUCAAGAAAAGGGAGGAGAGGGAGGUGGAGGUGGUAGGACAGGUGGGAGGGGAGAACAAGUAUGGAUGCGAGGGAGAGGAUGGAGGGGAGGAGGAGGGCGUGGGGAGGCAAGAGAGGGUUGUUCCCUGGGAGGGAGUGGGGCAGUGAGGAGGCAUGCUGCUGCUGGCUCUGGGAGUCUUCAAGUGCCGAUUCUACCCUUCAAAGCAGCUGCAGCAGCGGCAGCAGCGGCAGCAGCAACAGCAGCGGCAGGCAGAGCAGCAGGGGAAGCAGGAGAAGCACGGGCGCUGAAGGCUACUGGAACCGAGUUGGAAACGAACGGCAUGCCAGCCUUGCUGCUUCAGGUGGUGGUGGCGGCGGUGGUGGUGGUGGCAGAGGGCGGGAGCAGGGUAGGAGGAGGAGUGAGGACGGGGGAAGAUGGCGGCCGUUGUUGCAUGAAGAUGGUGAAACUCCUGCUGGGCUGUCGGACAGUGCUGGGGGAAGAGGAUGCAACAGAGAAGCUGGGUCGUGGAGGGGAAGAAUGCACGGGGAACUGA